UUUAGUAACCGAACCGAAGAGAUUUCAUUUUCUGUGGUUGUGGCACUCUUGCUUUGCUACCUUUGUAGGUUAUUUUAUAUAAUACGGCUGUAAAUUUAUUAAAUUAAAAUCAAAUGAUCAGAAAUUUAAUGUAAAUUACUUCACUUUUGACAAUGCAUAAAUUGAAGUCGUCGCAAAGAGAAAAGGUGAAAAAAUUUAUCUCUUUUACGCAAACUGGGGAGAACACAGCAAUUUACUGCUUAACACAGAAUGACUGGAAGUUAGAUCUCGCCAGUGACAACUACUUUCAAAAUCCCGAGGCGUACUUCCGAGAGCCCAGGAAUGUCGACAAAAAGAAGCUCGAGUCACUCUACACUCGAUACAAAGAUCCAUCCGAAGUGGAUAAAAUUACGGCAGACGGCAUAAUGAAAUUUCUAGAUGAGCUGGGACUUUCCCCCGAAUCACGACUAGUAUUAAUAAUAGCGUGGAAGUUUAAGGCUGCUACGCAAUGCGAGUUCACUAAAGAGGAGUUUAUUAACGGAAUGACGGAGUUAGGUUGUGAUAGUGUCGAGAAACUUAAGGCGCGAUUAUCAAAUUUAGAAAGUGAAUUAAAAGAUAGUUAUAAAUUUAAAGAUUUUUAUCAGUUUACGUUUAAUUACGCUAAAAAUCCCGGGCAGAAAGGAUUAGACCUCGAUAUGGCUAUAGCUUACUGGAAUAUCGUUUUGAAAGGAAAAUUCAAAUUCCUAGACAUUUGGUGCACGUUUCUACUGGAGCAUCACAAAAGAUCCAUUCCGAAAGAUACGUGGAAUUUACUGUUAGAUUUUGCCGGACAAAUUUCGGACGAUAUGAGUAAUUACGACGAGGAGGGUGCUUGGCCCGUACUAAUUGACGAUUUUGUUGAAUGGGCAACAGCUCAAGCUAGAGAAAAUCAACCACAUAGCACUAGUCAACUUGAUUAGCAAAUUGUUUUUUAACAAAAUUAAGCGAUUGCUUUUAUUUUUAUUUUUUUAUUCGAUAAAAAAAAUACGGUCAACUUCUUCGAACUAUUAUGACAGUGCCACCUCGUUUAUGAUGUAAAGUAGAUCAGUUUUGAUAUAUACCUAUUGGUAGAUUGUAAAUAUUCUAAUUAAAAUAUUAAUUUUUUUUA